AUUUUAUGUGCGUCAAAAAAUUGUAGUAACGAUUUGUGAUUAAUGCCUGAAGUUUGAAAAUUGUAAAUUUUGCAAUAAGAAUUAGCUGAAAUAAAUGUGCUCACUAUUUGGGCGUGGCUUAGCCCAUAAAAUAUAUAACUGCGCGUUGCGCGCACGUCGUUCAUGGGCAAAUCAAUGUAAAUCAGAUAAACCGCCGCCACCACCCGAACCACACAGUAAAAUAGUAGAUGUGUGCUGCGAAGGCAUGAAAAUUAAGAUACUACCCGCACGGGUCAAUAACUAUAUGUAUUUGAUAACUGAUUUGCCCACCGGUUGCACGGCGGCAAUUGAUCUCUCCGACAAUAAGUUACUCUUCGAAAUACUUAAAAAGGAAAACUUAAAGCUUUCCUUUGCUUUUAUAACACACCAUCACGAGGAUCAUUCGGGCGGCACGCAAGAGUUGUCCGCUGCGUAUCCCGAUGUGAAAAUAUGUGGUGGCGACGGACGCAUAAAAGCUGUUAAUUAUUGUCUUAAGGAUAAUGAACAAUUGAAAUUGGGUGAGAUGACUUUCAAUUGCAUGCACACACCUUGCCACACAAUUGGUCAUUAUUGCUAUUUUGUGGAGUGUGGCGCCGGUGGGCCGCCAGCACUUUUUACGGGCGACACACUUUUCCAAGGCGGCUGUGGUGGCUUUGAUGAGGGUACGCCUGAGCAAAUGUAUGCUAUUGUAAAACGUGUACUUGAACUACCCAAAGAGACGCGUAUGUUCGGUGGUCAUGAGAAUACAGUUUUAAAUCUACGUUUCGCUCAAUGUGUUGAACCCGAAAAUUCGACUAUCAGUGCACGUUUGUGUUGGGCACAGCAGCAGCGUGAAAAGAAAUUACCAACACCGCCUUCAAUGUUGUGCGAGGAAAGAACUUUUAAUCCGUUUUUACGUGUCGACCAUCCGGAUGUGCAACAUUAUACCGGCGAUACAGAUCCGAGUUAUGUAAUGUUUUGUUUGCGCAAACAACGUGAUGCCUUCAAGUAACGGGUGUAACAUGUGAAAAAUAAUACAAAACUUUGCUGCGCCUAUUGCUAUUC